AAACAGUAAUUUUAGCGCAUCCUAUCCUCUUCUAGUUCCCGAUCAUCUAAACGUACCCCUCAGAAUCCUCAAAAAUCCCACCACCCAGAGAUCCCCCUCCCAUGGCCACCCUCUCCGCCUUGGCUACCACCUGGCCCGACCCCAACUCCUCCGCCGCCGCCUUCCUCUCCGAUCCCACCGACGACAACCCUACCUCUGUCGUUGACUCCAGCGAUAACAACCACGACCCCCAAUCGCCUCCAAACCCUAACUCUGACCACAACCUCCACAACAACAUGCCCUUCUCUUCCUCGCCCCCGGAGUCUCCUCCUCCGGCUCCCCGCUCGCCUCCGUCGCUCUUCCACGUCUGCUUUAACCAAGACCAGGCCUGCUUCGCCGUGGGGACAGACCACGGGUUCCGGAUCUACAACUGCGACCCGUUCCGCGAGCUCUUCCGCCGUGACUUCGACAACGGGGGCGGAAUCGGCGUCGUCGAGAUGCUGUUUCGCUGCAACAUCUUGGCCAUAGUCGGCGGUGGGCCCGACCCUCAGUACCCGACCAGUAAAGUCAUGAUCUGGGACGACCACCAGGGGCGGUGCAUCGGGGAGCUCUCAUUCCGCUCCGUUGUCCGAUCCGUGCGUCUUCGGAGGGACCGAAUUGUGGUCGUUUUAGAGCAGAAGAUAUUCGUGUACAAUUUCGCCGACUUGAAGCUGCUGCACCAGAUUGAGACGAUCGCGAACCCCAAGGGGCUGUGCGCGGUGUCGCAGGUGGUGGGGUCGCUGGUGCUGGUGUGCCCUGGCCUGCAGAAGGGGCAGGUUAGGGUGGAGCAUUACGGGUCGAAGCGGACCAAGUUCAUCAUGGCUCAUGAUUCCAGGCUUGCCUGCUUUGCACUCACGCCGGACGGCCAGCUGCUCGCCACCGCCAGCAAAGGGACUCUUGUUCGGAUAUUCAAUACUCUCGAUGGAACUUUGCUGCAAGAGGUAAGGAGGGGUGCAGACAGAGCAGAAAUCUAUAGUUUGGCAUUCUCUUCAACUGCCCAGUGGUUAGCAGUCUCAAGUGACAAGGGAACGGUCCAUGUUUUCAACCUCAAGGUUAAUUCUGGAUCCUCAAAUGAGAACCCCCGAAGUGCAUCUGAUCCAAAUCUUGCGGUUUCGUCAUCAAACUCAUCUCUUUCUUUCAUCAGAGGUGUGCUGCCCAAGUAUUUUAGCUCAGAGUGGUCGGUUGCUCAGUUUCGCUUGCUUGAGGGUUCUCAAUACAUUGUUGCGUUUGGUCACCAAAAGAAUACUGUGGUGAUUCUUGGCAUGGAUGGAAGCUUCUAUCGAUGUGAGUUUGACCCAGUGACAAGAGGAGAGAUGACCCAGCUGGAAUAUCACAACUUUGUAAAGCCCGAAGAAGCCUUUUGAAGUGAAAUAUAGUACUAUCCAUCCUUUCCUACAUUAUAAUGUUCUCUUGACUGUUUGGUCUUCUGCUAGUUUUUCUCCCUAGUUUUAGGGUGUGGGUAAAACAUGCUGUAAAUACAUGAGCACUGUAAAUUUGUAAAUUUCUGAGUGCUGUACCGAUAACGAAAUUAGAAAAUGAAAAAAAAAAAAAAACUAACUUAAUUAUAAAGAAUAUGUUUUGUACCGUU